UAAAAAAAAAAAAAAAAAAAAAAAAAGAAAAAGAAAUGCAAUCUCUGAAAUGCAGAAAAUCUCAAUUGAAACCAAAACCCUAAUCUCUAGUCUUUCUCAAUCUGUCCCAAAGGCCGAGGCUGGGCCGAUGAAUGAUGAUUUCCUCUACACAUAUCAAGUAGAAAGAUUUAAAUCGAUGGGAAAGAACAAGCAAGGUCAGGAAAAUGAAAAUAGAGCUACUAAGGCUGUAUGGAAUAAGGAGAUGGUGCAUAUAUUUUGUGAUAUUUGUAUUCGAGCCUUCCAAAUGGGCAUGCGACCUGGAACUCACUUUACAAAGCAAGGAUGGAAGUAUAUAAUUAAACACUUCCAGAAGGAGAGUGGACAAAAUUUUAGCAAAAAACAAUUGAAAAACAAGUGGGAUGGAAGUAAAAAGGAAUGGAAACUUUGGAAAGCUUUGAUAAGCGAAGAAACUGAAAUUGGUUGGGAUCCAAAGAAACAAACUCUUGAAGCCUCUGAUUCUUGGUGGGAUGAAAAGAUUAAGGCUAUGCCAGCAGCUAAAAAGUUCCAAAAUGCGGGUAUUGAACCUGAACUUUGUGCAAAAUAUGAUGUCAUGUUCAUGGAUACAGGGGCUACUGGAAAUUGUGCUUCAACUCAUUCAAUAGUUGUUCUGCAAAAUGAUAAGGAUGGCAAUGAUGAAUCACCUAGUAAUAAUGUUAUGCCAUCGGAAUCAGAUAAGGAUGGCAAUGAAGAGUCACCCAGUAGUAAUGACAUGCAGUUGGAAGGGAGUGGCUAUUCAAGAAGUGAACCUAAUUUUGUUGAUAGUUUGGAGCAAAUUAUGGAUGGUGCAAAUAUGUCAUCAGCAAUGUUGGAUGGUGCUAAUGUUUCAUCCGCUCUACCUACUCAAUGCAUACAAGCCACUUUAGACCAAGAUGCCAUGUUGCUCGAGGGGCAAAGGAAAGAGAGAAAACAGAGAAGGAAUGAUGAGUUUGAUAUACAAGUUGAUAUGACUAAGAAACUCAAACUCGGGAGGAGGCAAUUGGAAGGAUUAGCAAAGUUAUCUCAGCAAAUUAACAGAUUGAUGGCCACCGUCGAAAGUAGUAGUGUAACUUCCAAGAGAACUGAUCUACCAGGAUGUAGCAUACCUGAGGUUUUAGCUGACCUACAUUCUAUGCCAGAGAUUGUGAAAGGCAGUGAACUUCAUUUAUUUGCUACAGACUUGUUUCUAUCCAGGGCAAAGAGAGAGGUUUAUGCUUCCUUAGGGGAGUCGGAUGUCAAAUUAACUUGGCUAAAGUAUCAACAUGCAAAGUCCUCUUGAUAUAUAGCUUGACUGUAGGUUGUCCUGUGCAGAAAUCUUUAUUGUUUCCUUAACUCCUGGCGUGAAAUUUAGAGCUACAUCAUUUUUUAACAUUUUUGGUGUCUUUUGCGUAUAAUUGUUUUUCAGAUAGAAUGAAUUAAUAAUAUAUUUUCUUUGUUUUAUGUCAUUUA